AUGCCGAUUACUUAUCCGAGACCGUGUCCAAAGUGUGGCAAGAAGUACAAGAACAGAUUUGACUUUUGUCGUCAUAAGAAAUAUUGUGGAACUAAUUUGAAAGUUGCAUGUUUACACUGUGACAAGUUGUUUUCGAGGAAGGACAAAAUGACUGCCCACGUUAAAAAAUUCCAUUCUGAAGCAGCAAAACGGAAAGCUGAAGAAGGUGCCGAGCUCUUACGUCUAGAGUUAUUGAAUUCUGGAAAGGUACCUCGAUUAGGUAAUGAGGAACAGACAGGCGGGGCUGUGACUACCCGUGGAAUG